GGGAGGGUUUCCAUCAGAAUGAUCCUCAUUUCCUCACUGCUCACCUGUGCUGAAGGAUCCUGUUUCAUGCACCUGUCGGCUGUGCGUCUUGGGCACAGUGCGCUGUGUGACUACGUACUCUGUUCUGUUUUGUUGUUGUUUAUAAGCCAGUUUUGUUCCCCCCAAAGGACAAAAUGGCUUUUACAAACUUUAAAAUUAGAUAGGAACCUGACGGGAUGCCUGUGUCAUGGGCACAGAGUGCAGAGAGAACGAGCAGACGAGUGGAGAUGAUGAUGCGUCUCAGCAGGAUGCUACUAGUAUUGCGGAUGUGUCUGUGGAGGUGGCCACAGUGGAUCACACUCUGCAAAAGCUACGCAGAAAGUGCAGGAGACGCCGACAGAAGACCAGCGAACUGAAGAAACUGUGGUCCCGGUUGUUGAACAUUCAGUAUCUCAUUGUCAUUGUUGCAGUAGUGGUUUUUGUGGUGGUAGUGAUCAUGUGGUCACUGCUGUGGGUGUUUAUAUUUCGCAGGGAAAGCGACAGUGGAGCAUAUUUCGCUGGGAUGCUCCGGGUUGCCAAUGUUGACUUCAUCCCAGAGUACCGCCAGGCCGAAUCCCAAGAGUUUGUAUCCAUGGCAAACAAAAUACAGCAUGUGGUGAGCAACGUGUACAAGAUGUCCUCAGUGGCAAGACUCUACAAGCAUGCUGUCAUUUCAGAUCUCAGUAAUAACAAUAAAGGUGGUGUCCUGGUGCAUUUCUGGAUGGUGUUUGUGGUCCCUCGUCUGAAAAGCCCAGCAAUGUGUGAGGAGUGUGUCUGGGCCAUUCUCAGAGAUUCUGUGUACACCAGCCUAAGGAACCGCUCCUCUGUGGGCUACCUGCUUGGCCUACCAGUGGAUAUAGACUCCAUUCUCAUUAAUGCUGUGCAGCGCUCAGAUUAUACAUCAAAUGUAGCAGGCUCGCAGUGUGUCGAUAAGAUGUUUGCCAAUCUUCUUGGGGCAAGGGUCCCCUUAAAUGUCUUCUCAUCAUGGGGUGGAGUGAGUUGCCACAUAAAGCUCACUUCCAUCCCAAACUCCCUGAUCCGCUUAACAAUCGCCUCAUUUCUGAUUGAGCCCAGCGCCUGUGUAAAUGAUGGCCUCACUGUGUAUGAUGCUCUGCUGCCCAUGAGAGGGCGCAUUCUCCACAGGCUGUGUGAUCCCGUGUCCAGCUCCUUCUCCCUGGUGUCUACCUCUAAUGUCAUGCUGCUGUCCUUUAGAAUGACUAAUGGCAACAAGAGUUUCAGAGGGCACUUUGAGGCCAUCGCCGAUGAAAUGUGUCUGUCUCACAUUGAGACCCAGUUACAGUCUCACAUCACUGGUCAGAUCUACAGCCCCUUUCACCCCAGUUUGCUUCCACCUCACUGCUCUUGCACCUGGAGUUUUCAGACCCCUGACCCUGCUUUAGGAAUUGCACUGCAUUUUAAAAACUAUGUGCUGAAACCAAAGGACAUGAAGGCCUGUGAUCAUGGCUGGUGGAAGGUCAAUGAAAUCAUUUACUGCGGAAGCUAUGUUGGCCACCACACUGUGUUUCGUAUAGAUGACUACAGCACAGAGGUGGAGUUUCAGUGCAGUUCACGCAUCUCUGCUCAGCCUUUUCAAGCAUCUUACAGCAGCUACAAUAUCAGCCAGCCUUGUCCAGAAGGACACUUCUUGUGCUCCACAGGACUGUGUGUAGACAAGAGUCGACGCUGCGAUGGCCUGGAUGACUGCCAGGAUGAGAGCGAUGAGAUCUUCUGUUCGAGCCCAACAAAGAACUGUGGUGGCAACAGUCCUGUUCAUCCUUUUUUUGUUUGCAACGGAGAGACAGACUGCGUUAACGGCAGAGAUGAGCUCAACUGCACACAGGAAACCACCUGCUCUGCCAUCAGAUACCAAUGUACCAGUGGCUUAUGUAUUCUAAAAAAGAAUGCAAAAUGUGACGGUAUUCCUGACUGUCAGGACCACAGUGAUGAGGACGACUGUGCUUGUGGUCAUCCCUCCUCUACGCAGAAAGUGGGUACAUUUACCGACCUUGAGCGCAUUGUGGGUGGAGAUAAUUCAUUGGAGGGGGAGUGGCCAUGGCAGGUCGGCCUCCACUUCUCCAGCAACUUGUACUGUGGCGCUUCGAUCCUGUCCUCUGAUUGGCUCAUCUCUGCUGCCCACUGUUUUGUCAAGGACAGUCUUUCUGACCCUCGUUACUGGAGGGCUCACCUUGGAAUGCUAUCUCAGGGCAGUCCCAAGCACGUGGCAGAAAUUCAGCGGAUUGUGGUGCAUGAGUAUUACGACGCACACACCUUUGACUAUGACAUUGCCCUGCUGAAACUGAAGAAGCCUUGGCCUUCAUCCCUCAGCCCCCUGGUCCAACCUGUGUGCCUGCCACCCACAUCACACGUGGUCACCGACAAUCACCGCUGCUGGGUCACUGGGUGGGGCUACCGCUCCGAGGAGGAUAAGGUGCUCCCCUCAGUGCUGCAGAAAGCAGAGGUGUCCAUACUGGGCCAGAGUGAGUGUAAGAAGAGCUACGGCCUUGUGUCACCACGCAUGUUGUGUGCCGGGGUGCCCUCUGGAAAGCAGGAUGCCUGCAGGGGGGAUUCAGGUGGCCCUUUGUCCUGUCAGGCACCAGGUGGUGGGCGCUGGUUUCUGAUUGGCAUCGUCAGCUGGGGUGCAGGCUGUGGAAGGCCAAAUCUACCAGGGGUCUACACCAGGGUCAACAAGUUCACCUCCUGGAUCCACAGCCAUAUCACGACAUAACAGACCUCUGAUUCAUCCAGUGGCCAGCAGGCCUUUAAAUAUUUUCACACCAAAUAAUAAAAGCAUCAUCACAU